AUGCUAAUACUGCUCAUUUCUUCCAUUGGAGUAGUGAUAGCUUUAGAGAAUGGAUUGGCCAGGACCCCACCAAUGGGAUGGAUGUCAUGGGCGACAUUCUUCUGCCAGACGGACUGUGAAAAAUACCCUGAUGAUUGCAUCAGUGAGAAACUCUACCGAGAUAUGGCUGAUAGACUAGGUUAGAC